UCUUCCCCAGGUGCCUGUCUGAUGAGGAGAGAUGCCUGAUGCCCAGAACAUUUCGCUGGACAGCCCCAGGAGCGUGGGUGCCAUGGCAGUGCCUGUGGUCUUUGCCCUAAUCUUCCUGCUGGGCACAGUGGGCAAUGGGCUGGUGCUGGCCGUGCUCCUGCAGCCUGGCCCGAGUGCCUGGCAAGAGCCCGGCAGCACCACGGAUCUGUUCAUCCUCAACCUGGCGGUGGCUGACCUCUGCUUCAUCCUGUGCUGCGUGCCCUUCCAGGCCGCCAUCUACACACUGGAUGCCUGGCUCUUUGGGGCCCUCGUCUGCAAGGCUGUGCACCUGCUCAUCUACCUCACCAUGUACGCCAGCAGUUUCACGCUGGCUGCUGUCUCAGUGGACAGGUACUUGGCCGUGCGGCAUCCGCUGCGCUCGCGGGCCCUACGUACGCCACGCAACGCCCGCGCCGCGGUGGGACUGGUGUGGCUCCUGGCGGCGCUCUUCUCUGCGCCCUACCUCAGCUACUACGGCACUGUGCGCUACGGCGCGCUGGAGCUCUGCGUGCCAGCCUGGGAGGACGCACGCCGUCGCGCCCUGGACGUGGCCACCUUCGUCGCCGGCUACCUGCUGCCUGUGACCGUGCCCGGCCACCUACGCCUGCCGCCUGGCCUCGCACUGCCUGGCCUACGCCAACUCCUGCCUCAACCCGCUCGUCUACGCGCUCGCCUCGCGCCACUUCCGCGCGCGCUUCCGCCGCCUGUGGCCGUGCGGCCGCCGACGCCGCCACCGCGCCCACCGCGCCCGCCGCACCCUCCGUCGCGUCCGCCCCGUGUCCUCGGGCCCAGUCGGCUGCUCCGGAGAUGCCCGGGCUCGCGGAAGGCUGCUGGCGGGCGGCGUCUGGGGUCCGGAGUCCAGGGAGGGACCCGCCCGCGACGGAGAGGCUGCCCGAGGGCCGGAAUAAACACUGCCGCCUGGACUCUACUGGUGUCCGUCUGUCUCACUUCCCUUCUCCAAGGGCGGGAGGCCACCAGGCCAGGGAUGGGGCAACGCCACCAGCUCUUUGAGGAGCGUUGAGUGGAGCGACUUGUCCCCGCUCCAUGGUGGAGCACCAGCUCCGCGGACACCCCUGGGUGUCAAAUUACAGCCCGCAGACCCUGCCUGUAGCCAGCCUGGCAGUCCCUCUGCCCAUCCUUCCAACUGGGUGACAACUUCUAGGCCCUGCUUCCUCCACCACCUCUUACCCACCCCCUUCUUGGUUCCAAGUCCAGUCCUAGGUAAUUUAAAAACAAGUAAUUUGGCUGAUGUUUAAGUGAAACCACACGUGCUACCUUCGUUGUCAAAACAGCUUUGCAAAGUAAAUAUGAUGAGCCCCAUUUUUUUUUUUUAAGAGAGGGAGUCUUCUCUGUUGCCCAGGCUGGAGUGUGGCAUGAUCUCAGCUCACUGCAACCUCUGCCCCCGCCCCGCCCCCGUUCAAGCAAUUCUCUUAGCUCAGCCUCCAGAGUAGCUGAGAUUACAGGGUCUCAGGCCUCAGCCUAGAAGCUAACAACAUUAGAGGCAGGUGGGAGGGUGGGUGGAUCUGAAAUCAUUGAUCUGAAAUCAAUUUCUUGGUUAAUUAUUGGGUUUUUACCACCACAGACUUCCACAGCUGUGUGUGGGGCUAGGGAGGGAAGGAGGCACUGGGAGGCCAGCUGGAGGCCAGGCAUGGCUCAGUUCUGAGCCAGGGGCACCAAAUGGAAUAACAAAAGGCGUUUGGAGCAGAGAAUGCACCCAUGACUUAAUGCCCAGGGGAAGUCCGUCUGGACUGGCUGGCCUGAGUCCUGGAACGGAAGUCUGUUAAGGAAGAGGUCUGAGGUUUUCAGGGCACCCAGUCAGGUGUGGGGAGAUACAGUUUUUGAAAAGAAUCAGAACCAAGAAAAACCAUGGAAGCUGAGAGGAGAUGCCCCAGAGGUGGAGAAAAAAGACACUGAAUAGAAAAAGGCUGGGCUCGGUGGCUCACACUUGUAAUCCCAGGACUUUGGGAGGCAGAAACGGGCGGAUCAACUGAGGUCAGGAGUUCAAGACCAGCCUGGCCAAUGUGGUGAAACCCCAUCUCUCCAAAAAAUACAAAACUUAGCCGGGCAUGGUGGCAGGUGCCUGUAAUCCGAGCUACUCUGGAGGCUGAGACAGGAGAAUUGCUUGAACUGGGGGACGGGGGUGGAGGUUGCGGUGAGCUGAAAUCACACCACUGUACUCCAGCCUGGGUGACAAAGAAGACCCUAUCUCUAAAAAAAAAAAAAAAAAAAAAAAAUGAGGUUAAUCAUAUUUACUUUGCAAAGCUGUUUUGACAAAGAAUGUAGCAUGUGUGAGACAUACAGUACCUGCUUAAUAAAUACUAUUUUUAGAGACAAGGUCUUGCUUUGCUGCCUAGGCUGGAAUGCAGUGGCAUGAGCCAAGAUCUCAGCAGGCUGAGUGACAAAGUGAGACCCUGUCUCAAAACAAAAAAACCCACCAACCAAUAGGGACAGUCCAGGCCCGCACAUAGUAGGCAUGUAACUGACACUUGAUACAUGAGGACGUAGGGGCCAGAACCCAUGACCCUUCCCUUCCUUCUUCCCUGAGCACCCAUCCUAAGUGAGGCUUUGGGAUCAGUGAUGGCAUGAGUCCAACAUGGUCACUGCCUUCCAGCAGCUCUCAGUCUGGCUGGAGAGCCAGAUACAAAAUAAAAAAGGACAGUGCUGAGACAGGACACAAGCAAUUCAGAAAGGCCACAGAGGAAGCAGCUCCUGCCUUCUGAGCAAUCCCAGCAGGACCCCCAGAGGUGACUAUUUUUAAUUUUUUUGAGACAGUCUUGCUCUGUUGCCCAGGCUGGUGUGCAGUGGCGCAAUCUCUGCUCACUGCAACCUCCACCUCCCUAGUUCAAGCAAUUCCCUGCCUCAUCCUCCCUAGUAGCUGGGAUUACAGGUGCACGUCACCACACCGGGCUUUUUUUUUUUUUCUAGUAGAGACAGGGUUUCACCAUGUUAGCUAGACCAGUCUUGAACUCCUGACCUCAGGCAAUCCACCGGCCCCAACCUCCCAAAGUGCUGGGAUUAUAGGCGUGAGCCAUCACGCCCAGCCCAGAGGUGAGAUUUGACGUGGAUUUUCUGGAGAAAUGUGGGGAGGGGCCUGCCAGGUGGAGCGACAGCCUGUGCAAGGCAGGGGACGUGCAGGGCAGUAAGUGACUCCGGCAGCGGAAGCAGGGGGAGGCUGGGGCAGAGGAUGCCUGGAGGGCAGGAGCUUCAUCCUUCAGGCAGACGGCAAUGCCGCUGAAGGUUUUCAGGAGAGGAGGGGCCCUAUCGGGUAUGCAGUUCAGAAAGCCCCGGGACUGCUGUGUAGAGGCUGGGAUGGGGGCCUAGACUUGGCAGAGGACUCAGAUCAGGUGGGUCCUCCUGGGCCCUUCUUGGAAGUGAGGACACCUGUAAAGAGGCUGCUCCGUGAGCUGUGUUGAAAGCCAACGAGGCCUGGCCAGGUAUUUUUGUUGUGGAUUUGGCAGGAAGAUGGAUGGCCUGCUGCUGGGCUUGGGCUUGGUUCUGGAGGCUCCGAGGUUUGCUUCGGGGGGCUAAUGAAACACUUGGAAGAGCAGAUGGUCGUAAUAAUAAUGGAUAACUGUGUGUCCAGUAGAGCCCAAGGCAGGCAAGAGGGUUGGAGGAGAGGCUGAAGGAUCCUUGGCCACUGUCCCCCAGGGCCUAAGAGAACCCUCGUGAUCUGAGCCCUGUGCCAAGUGUAGGGCUGCACCUGAGGAAGGCCUGGAGACCUGGAAAGGCACUUUUCUUAGUUGGAAGGUGGUUUGGAUUCUACAACCCUCUCACCUUCCUGUUUGUGCAAACCUCUUAAGAGGCGUGGCUGAGCGUGGUGGCUCAUGCCUGUAAUCCCAGCACUUUGGGAGGCUGAGGCCGGUGGCUCAUUGAUGUCAGAAGUUCAAGACCGGCCUGGUUAACAUGAUAAAAACCUGUCUCUACUAAAAAUACAAAAAUUAAGCGGGCAUGGUGGCGGGUGCCUGUAACCCCAGCUGUAAGUAGCUAAGGCAGGAGAAUUGCCUGAACCUGAGAGGCAGAGGUUGCAGUGAGCUGAGAUCUUGCCAUUGCACUCCAGCCUGGUCGACAAGAGUGGAACUCUGUCUCAGAAAAAAAGGAGAGGCCUGCAGCAUUCAUGUGUGAGCGCCUACUAGGUCCAGGGCUCUUCUGCAGACAAGAAAGAGAACAGGAGGAGACAGAGGAGCCUAGAGGAGAAGCCCUAGCCCAGUGUGGGGAGCCAGAAAAGACUUUCCAGAGGAGCUGGAGCCAAAGCCACGUCCUGAGGCAGAAAUCUCCCAGGGCAGGUGGGGAAGGGAGAGACAGGAGCACAUGUGCAGGUCACGUGCCCAGGGACGGGGCAGGCUGCAGCCUCAGCAGGGAGGUGGGAGAGGUGGGCUGAGUCCUGAAGGAUUCUGUAAUCUGUCUGAAACUGAGACUACUUUGUCACAAGGGCAACGGGAAGCCACUGAAAGGUUUUGAACAAAAGGGUGACUUAAGAUUUACUCUUUAGGAGGCUGGGUGCUGUGGCUCACACCUGUAAUCCCAGCACUUUGGGAGGCCAAGGUGGAUCACCUGAGGUCAGAAGUUCAAGACCACCAGCCUGGGCAACAUGGUGAAACCUCAUCUUUAAAAAAAAAAAAUGUACAAUUGCUAGGACUUGGUGACAGUUGGAGGGUAAGGAGGAGAGAGGCGUCCCAGAUGACACUUCUGGCUUGGACUACUAGA